GACGCACGUUUCUACGAUUCCUGCUGAUCUCAACUGUUUGCCCUCUCUUCCGUUUGCCCAACCGAUCCACCGAUUAGCCCACCGACCGACUGCGGACUUACUAACAACUGAUUUGCGGACCUAUUUGUACUUUGAUAACGGAAACGAUGUCGAACGGGACGAGGCGUCGACGUCGACGAGACCGCGCGUACGCGCAGUACGCUGUCGUCAUGCUGGGACGACAACGUGUGUUCCGGGACCGCCUCGAUCCGCUGGAAGAAUUCGACGAGGAUGCGCUGCAGCAACGAUUCCGGUUUGGUCGCGCGGGAAUUAUGUUUCUCGCGGAGACGCUGCGCCCGGACUUGGAGCGGUCGACGCGUCGCAGCUGCGCCUUGUCCGCAGAGCAGCAGGUGAUCGUCGCUCUGCAAUUCUACGCCACAGGCAACUUCCUCAUCACUGCAGGCGACUACGUCCACGUGCAAGUCUCUAGUGCUUCACGGUCUGUGAGGCAGGUCACCGUAGCUCUGGCACGUCGAGCAAGGGACUUCAUACGGUGGCCUGACGUCGCAGAGAGUGCUGCCUUGCAGAAGCAGUUCUUUGACGUAGCCGGGUUCCCUUGUGUCGUGGGUGCUGUUGAUGGCACCCACAUUCGAAUCCAGGGACCGCGCGUGCACGAGGAGGUGUACGUGAACCGCCACCUGUACCAUUCCAUCAACGUACAGGUGGUAGUUGACGCGUCCUGCCGCAUACGCAAUGUGGUUGCGAGAUGGCCGGGAAGCACGCACGACUCCCGGAUUUUCACCGAGAGCACACUAUCAGUCAAGCUGGCCUAUGGCAUCUACGAUGGCCUAUUGCUCGGCGACAGCGGCUACACCUGCCAGCCGUGGCUGAUGACGCCAUUCCUGUCGCCAUCAUCAGCAGCAGAAGUGAGGUACAACACGGCACACACCACGACAAGGAGUAUUGUUGAAAGGACAAUAGGCCAGUUGAAGCGCAGGUUCCACUGCCUGCACGCCGAGCUGCGCAUGGAGCCAAGCAGAUGCUGCGACAUCAUCGUGGCAUGCUGCGUGCUCCACAAUCUCGCCAAGAGAUACCCCUGCGCGAUGCCAGGGACUGCCAUCCCGCCUGAGGUUCCUGUGGAGCCCAUGGCAGCCGGCCGUGGAGAAAGCAACGAGGCCCGGCGUGCCCUUGUCGACCAGUUCUUCUGUUGAGCCUUCCCGGCACCAACGUCUCGUCUGCAAGACACGGGGAGCUGCUGCCCACUCUUCUGCUGCUGCCACCCUUUGGCCGCUUCCUGACGCCCGAGGCUGCGGCGCUGCCGUUUGCCUCAAGCUAUCGCUGUGACAAAUGGAUAUGCAGGAAGUGAUUUGCUGUAGUUAUUAGGAGUGUGCAGGCAACAUACGUAUAACAUACAGUGUUUGUAACCCCGACAUGUUGCUGGAAUUUUGCCACAGUGUACUUAACU